CUGUGUUUGCCUCAGACCAAGCGGCGUGGUCGACAUACCGGACGGGUUUUAUCCAGCUGGACCGCGUUUCACAGUCCCUCUGGUUGAGCUGAGUUAGUCCUGCAGGUCGAGGAGGCAGGUUAGCACUACAGUACAGCUGGUUUAAGACAUAAGCAAUAUGGCCGCUUAAAUAACUUGCUUGGGUAACCGGUUGUUGCUGAGCGGAAACUAUCAAAGUUGUCGAAAUUACAGAAUUCUUUGAAACCGAGGCGUCUUUCUUCGUCGUGCACAACAAUGAGCAGCAUCAAGGAGGAAACUCGAAGUGCAUCCCCUCAGUGCCCCAAGCCGGAUGAGUCCGAGGAGCCCCUCGGUACGGCCAUGGAGACCGCCGGGGACGGGAGCGUGAAGUCAGAGAACAUUCCUGCGGUGGUGAUUACCAAGGAAAUGGAGGAGGAAGAGAAGCAGCUGAUGGAGGAAGGGGAGCGAAAGGAGAAGGAGAUGAUGAAAAAGGCCCAGGAGUCAUGGGAGAGGGACUCACAGGACAUGCGCUUCAAAAGGCUGCAGCAUCUGCUCCAGAAGAGCAACAUCUACUCUAAAUUCCUGCUGACCAAGAUGGAGCAGCAGCAGAAUGAGGAGAAACUCAGGAAGGAGCGGUUGGAAAAGAAGGUGGUGAAGGAGGGCAGCAGUGCAGAGACCCAGAAAGUGAACCUCGUUCCUCUCCAUCUAGAUGCAAAGAAGAGGAGGAGGAGAGAUGAAGACUAUAAAAUAUCUGAUGUCAUGACUAAAGAAGAGAUCAUGUCACAGGCGAAGAGAUCAAAGGUGGAGGACGUGAAGGGUGGGGCAGCAGCUCAGAAGAAACUGGACGCAGAGGACAUCGAGAAGAUGAGCGAUUCCAACGAGGACAUCAAGAACCGGCUGGCGGAGACGGUUCGAGAAAACGCCAAACAUCUCCUGCAUCCCCACAGGAAGGUGGACGGGCAGCCCGUCCCGGUGCAGCAGCCGGAGCUGUUCACCGGUGGAGUCAUGAGGUGGUACCAGAUCGAGGGCAUCGAGUGGCUGAGGAUGCUGUGGGAGAACGGCAUCAACGGCAUCCUGGCCGAUGAGAUGGGACUGGGGAAGACCAUCCAGUGCAUCGCCCACAUCGCCAUGAUGCUGGAAAAGAAGGUGAUGGGCCCCUUCCUGGUGGUGGUUCCCCUCUCCACGCUGCCAAACUGGGUCAGCGAGUUCAAGCGCUUCACACCAGAGGUAUCUGUGAUGAUUUAUCACGGCACUCCGCCAGAGAGGACCAAGCUGCUGAAGCAGAUCCGCAGGUCUCAGGGGCCGCUCAGCAUGUUUCCCGUUGUCAUCACUUCCUUCGAGAUCUCCAUGAACGACAGAAAGUUUCUACAGCAAGUUCACUGGAAGUACCUGAUCGUGGACGAGGGCCACAGGAUCAAAAACCUGGACUGUCGGCUGGUGCGGGAGCUGAAGAGGAUUCCCACCGACAACAAGCUGCUGCUGACGGGCACGCCGCUGCAGAACAACCUGGCCGAGCUCUGGUCCCUCCUCAACUUCCUCCUCCCAGAGGUGUUCGACGACCUCAAGAGCUUCGAGUCGUGGUUCGACAUCAGCUCCCUCGGUGAGGGGGAUGAUGUGGUGGUGGCAGAACGCGAGCACAACAUCCUCAGCAUGCUGCACCAGAUUCUGACUCCAUUCCUGCUGAGGAGGCUAAAAUCAGACGUGGCCCUGGAGGUUCCUCCAAAAAAAGAGAUCAUUGUUUACGCCCCCCUGACCUCCAAGCAGGAGACCCUUUACAGCGCAGUGGUCAACAACACCAUCGUGAAGGUGCUGGGCCAGGAGAAGAAAGAGGCUCCUGUGGCGCUGACGUCCCACGGCAGGCCCAAGCGCCGCAGUCGGAGGUUGGUGGACUACUGCGAAACGGAGGACGACACCAUGGGGUCUCUGAUGAAAUACCUGGAGAGAGUCCGCAAGGAGGCCGACAUAAGCCCCCAACCGCCGGUGCUGGACAUUUCGGCCCCGCUGGACGCCGAGAUCACCUUGAAGCUGCAGAACGUGCUGAUGCUGCUGAAGAGGUGCUGUAACCACCCGUACCUGGUGGAGUACCCGCUGGACCCGGCCACGCAGCAGUUUAAGAUCGACGAGCAGCUGGUCCAGACCUCAGGGAAACUUCUCAUCCUGGACAGGCUGCUGCCGGCUCUCAAACAAAGAGGACAUAAGGUUCUGAUCUUCAGCCAGAUGACCUCCAUCUUGGAUAUUUUGAUGGACUAUUGCUACCUUCGGGGCUUCCUGUACAGCCGAUUGGACGGCACCAUGUCCUACACUGAAAGAGACCAGAACAUCCAGCAGUUUUUCAAGGAUCCAGAGGUGUUCAUCUUCCUGCUGAGCACCAGGGCAGGAGGACUUGGAAUCAACCUGACAGCAGCGGACACGGUCAUCAUCUUCGACAGUGAUUGGAACCCCCAGUCAGACCUGCAGGCUCAGGACCGCUGUCACCGCAUUGGGCAAACCAAACCCGUGGUGGUGUACCGCCUAGUAACCGCCAACACUAUUGACCAGAAGAUCCUGGAGAGGGCCUCGGUCAAGAGGAAGCUGGAGCAGAUGGUUAUCCACAAGAAAAAGUUCAAAGGUGGGAAGGCGGAGCUGAAUCAAAGCAAGAGCUGCAUUGAUCUGGAUGAGCUGCGGGAGCUGCUGCAGGCCAGAGGCCCUGAGAAGGAGGUGAAAUCCUCACAAGGGAAGGUGAUCAGCGACAAGGAUCUGGAGAUUCUGCUGGAUCGCAGCGACCUACUGGACAAAGACAGGGGGAGCAUGAAGGAGAAGGUGGGCGUCUUCCGGGUGGUGGAAGCCAAGGAGUCCUCCGAGAUCGCAUUGGCCUGAAAACACAGCAGCCCUGAACCCGAAGCUUCCAAGCUGCUGUCACUUCCAGGAAGACCACCGUACCGUUCAGAUGAUGCUGACGCUGCUGUUUUUGUUCCUAUUGUCCAGUUGACAUGGUGUAAAAAUGCUUGUUUUUGUUAUUAAAAUGUCAUUUUAAGAUGGGA